UACCUGUUGUCGUCUCGUGUACUCUUUGCCGCAGCCUCUCGUUUUCUUGUAAGUUUGGUGCCUCCUCCUCCUUCCAUCUUUCUCUCUCCACCUCCCCUCCCCUCCCUUUACUGUUGGUUGCAGAUCGAACGAAGGAUCAAGUUGGAGCUCUUGUACUUCUCUUCUUGGGGCUACAGGGUGCUUCUUCUCUUCCUCUGUUGAAAACAUGGAGGGUUCCAGUGAAUUCAGGGGAUGGGACGAGCUGAUUCCUGAUGCUCUGGGCUUAAUCUUUCGAAACCUUUCGCUUCAGGAGAUCCUCACCGUGGUGCCCAGGGUCUGCAAGGCUUGGCGCCGGGCGGCUUCCGGGCCUUACUGCUGGCAAGAUAUCGAUAUCGAGGAAUGGAGCCAGCGCUGCAAGCCGGAGCAUUUGGAUCGAAUGCUUCAGAUGCUUAUUGCCUGGAGCUGUGACUCCUUCCGCCGGCUCAGUGUCUCUGGACUCCCCAGUGACUCCCUCUUUUCCUUCAUUGCAGACCAUGCUGGUUCCCUUCAGACCUUAGAGCUACCAAGGAGUGAAAUAAGUGACUCCAUUGUUGAACAUGUUGCACCAAGACUGUCAAACAUCACUUUCUUGGAUGUGAGCUACUGUAAAAAGAUUGGUGCUCGUGCCCUUGAGGCAUUUGGCAAGCACUGCAAGGCCCUUGUUGGACUCCGUAGGAGGAUGCACCCGCUGGAGGUUGCCGACAAGGCCUGCCAAGAUGAUGAGGCUCAUGCCAUAGCUUGUACCAUGCCUAAGCUUCGCCACCUCGAGAUGGCCUACCACCUCCUUACGACCCAUGGGGUCCUCGAGAUCCUUUCACAAUGCAGGGAUCUCGAGUACCUGGACGUGCGGGGCUGUUGGGAUGUGAAGCUUGAUGACAAAUUCCUGAAGGAGAGGCAUUCUAGUUUGAAGGUGUUGGGACCUCAUAUUGUGGACUGCUACGAGAGGACCUUCUGGGACGAUGAGUGCUCCGAUUACUCAGAUUCCUCGGUGUACUCGUGGGAUUUCAUCUACGAAGGGGAGAGCGAUCACGAUAAUGUUUGGGAUGAUGAGCAAGAUCUGGAAGGGUUGGUAGUCAGGUUCUAUGGUGGUGGGCUAAAUCUUACCUUUGCUGGAUUUGAUUGGCCUCCAUCUCCAUGAGCAUCCUUUGUUUGCUUUGACCGCAUGCUGCUGCUGGUGCUUUUUAGAACCACUAAGAUCUACUAUAAAUCCUGUUGUAUCUUUGCUUUGAAAUGUUGAUUGGGAUGCGUUUGAGUGUAAACUUGAGUGUUUACAUGAAGCAAAUUGAUGUGCUUGGACCUCUUUGUUCAUUGCCAAGGAUACCUCUAGUGGAUAAUUAUUUGUAUUUGUUCAAUGAGUAUUGUUAAAUCACUUGUAUAUGAAAAGUUACUUCCAA